AUGCCACCAAAGAAGGGAAAAGGCCUGCCGGAUGCGCCUAAAAAGGCACCCAUAACUGUGGCAGAUAAGACUUUCGGUAUGAAGAAUAAGAAAGGAGCCCAAGCGCAGAAGCAAAUCGAACGGAUGCAAACGUCGUAUAAGGCUGGAGGCACCCCCGAUGAUAAGAAGAGGCAGGCCGAGAAAGAGCAGCGAGAGAGAGAAAAGAUAGCAUCAGAGGCGGCAAAGAAGGAGGUGGCUGAAUUAUAUAAGCCGGUACAAGUCCAGAAAGUUCCAUUCGGUGUCGACCCCAAGACUGUUCUCUGUCAAUUUUACAAGAAGGGCCAUUGUGAUAAGGGUAGAAAGUGUAAAUUCUCACACGACCUAAACAUUGAGCGAAAAUCGACAAAAAUCGAUCUUGCGCAAGAUCCCCGAGAGGCAGAAGCCGAAAAAAGAAAAGAAGAGACUUCAGACGACUGGGACGAAGAGAAAUUGCGCCAGGUUGUGUUAUCGAAGAAAGGAAAUCAAAAGAGUACAACAGAGAAAGUUUGCAAAUUCUUUAUCGAUGCCGUGGAGGAGGGAAAAUAUGGUUGGUUCUGGACUUGCCCGAAUGGAGGGGACAAGUGUAUGUACCAGCAUAAGUUACCACCUGGAUUCGUCCUCAAGACCAAAGACCAGCGUGCGGCAGAAAAGGCCCUCAUGGACAAAUCACCCCUCAAGACGCUUACACUGGAAGAUUUCCUUGAGUCAGAACGACACAAGCUUACUGGCACAUUGACACCAGUCAACCCCGAGACUUUUGCAAAGUGGAAAGCCGAGCGUUUGGACAAGAAGGCUGGUGAAGAACAAGCCAGACUUGCCAAGGAAGCUACUGGUCGUGCUAUGUUCGAGAAGGGAGAUUGGGAAGCCAGUGGAGACGAAGAUGAAGGGGAUGAUGAUGAUGAUGAGACAUGGAACAUGGAAAAAUUGCGACGAGAGACUGACGCUUUACGAGAGAAGAGGGAAGCUGAGCGAUUGGGCACUAUGUUUGGUGGAGCAGUACCAAGUAAUAUUGACGAAGCCGCAACUCGGAUGGUCGAAUCUGAAGCAAACGAGGAGGGGGAAGCCUCCUGA